AUGGGCAACAUCUGCUCGCGAUCCAAAAACGAGCCCGAACCGUUCUCCCGUCCCGGCCGCGUCCUCGGUGCCAACCAGCCCCCAGCCGGCGCUGCAGGUACACCUCAAGGGAAGAAACCCGCCGGCCCGCGCGCCCCGCUCCCCGCAAACUCCAAGUCCCAUUUCGGCUCGCCGGGGAGGACCUUAGGGGAGGGCGGCGAGAACUCCGAUGCCCGCACCAAUGCGGCGUUGGCGGCGCAGAAACGCGCAGAGUCGACCACGACGGGUAAAGGCAAACUAGGGUCCAAAUUGGCGGCGCAGAAGGCGCAGACACAAUCGCAGACCUUGAACGAGGCUAGUCGCGACGAGAGGGCCGCAAGGGAUGCCGACGAUGCGGCGAAUACGAGGAGGUGGGAGUAA